CUGCGCCGCACUUUUUCAUCUACCUGCUGCCCACUUCUCUCGCACGUCUUGAUUGGUCGUCUAGAGCUGAAUCCUCUUGAAUGAUUUCAAACCCGAGUGUUUGGACAAGAGGGAGGAGAGGGGCGGGGGGGUCCACUGAUAAUUCCGAGCCUGCUGGGUGGAAAGGAUUGAGUCGUCCGUCCACUAUCACACCGCCUCACUGAAGACGCUUUUAUCCGGGGAGACGGUGAAAAACGUCCAAGAGGGCUUUUCUUAUAGGUUGCGCGUUUUACUCGAACAUUCGCUGUUUUGCGCGAAAUUAGGUUGAAUUCACCUAAACAAGAAAAAAGGAAGCAGGCAGGCGGAUUUCACGUUUUCCAUCAUGUGAAUGUUGUGAUGUCCAGCAGAGACGGUGCACACUGUUACGGGUCGCUGUGUUUUUGCCGACAGGACUCGGUGAUCGAAAAUCUAUGAUAAUCGAUUUUAUAUCGCUUGUUUGUUUCUGACCGACUGUGACCACCAACUGUUGUUCCUGUGAGUAUUUUUCAUUUAUUUUACCAGAUCAGUGGUGGCAUUUCUUUAAAAGCUCGGAUUGUGGAAGCAUCACAGUCAUAUUUGUGUUGUUUGUUUGUUUUUUUCAGUUUUAUUAUCCGCUUGAAGAUCAGGGCAUUAUCGAUACUUUUCAGAUUUUUCCCCCCUUUUUGGACAAUGUAUUCGUGUUUUAACACGAUUCCGCAACUGAGGUUAGGUUAGUGAGUUUCUGAGAGUUAAUUUUAAGCAGCUGCAUAAACGAACUGAGACUUGUAGCCGCGACAGUCAUGGCUAAAAAUCCGUCCGAGGGGCCGAAGGAUGACCUGAGCCAGCUGACGGACGAUGAGCUGCUGCGGUGCAGCAAAGAGGAGCUGGUUAGGAAAUUAAGGAGGGUUGACGGCGAGAAAAUGAACUUGAUGAUCGAGCAUGGCAACAUGAUGAAGGACAUUAACCGGCGGCUGCAGGUGCACCUUCAUGAAAUCCGGAACCUGAAGGAGAUCAACCAGAAGCUCCAAGAUGACAACCACGAGCUCCGGGAGCUCUGCUGCUUCCUGGACGACGACCGGCAGAAGGGCAAGAAGCUGUCCCGGGAGUGGCAGCGCUUCGGCCGCUACACAGCCAGCGCCAUGUGGAAGGAGGUGGGCACCUACAUGAUGAAGCUCAAGGAGCUGGAGGCCAACCAGGAGACUGUGCUGAGGGAGAACUCUGAACUGAAGGAGAUCAUCCUCAUGCUGGAUGAAGAGAGGAAUGGGGCAGGGUCCCGGAGCUCCAUAGAUAGUCAGUCCAGCUUGACCAACCUGAACGGGGGCACCAGCACGGUCAGGGAUGUUGGAGAUGGGAGUAGCACGUCCAGCACAGGAAGUGCCGGUAGCCCCGAUCACCACAAUCACAACCACAUGCACAAGCCCUCAGAGAACGGUAAGAUGGGGCCCACGAUGAGAAGAUCCAUGGAUGACCUGUCAGCGCCACAUCAUCACAGAAGCAUCCCCAAUGGACUGAAUGAUUCUUCCUCCAACUACAUCAGGCAGCUGGAGACGAAAGUGCGGAUACUGGAAGACGAUAACAAUAAGCUCCUCUCACAGCAGUGUAACCCAGGUGACCUUCGUGCCCUGAGGAAGGGAAUGACUCUGUACCACUCAGAGUCCCAGCUGUCCUCACUGCCCCAGCGCCAGGAAGCCAUGCACAUGGGGACUGGACGUCUACCAACUAGCGAGUCCUCUCCAGCUACAGGCUAUUUGUCCUGCGUCCAAAAGCCUGAGGCUGUGGUCCAUGCCAUGAAGGUGCUGGAGGUCCACGAGAACUUGGAUAAGCAGGUUCCUGAGGACUAUGAGGAUGAUCUCAGCGAGAAAGAGAAGGCCAUUGUGCGAGAGAUGUGCAAUGUGGUGUGGAGAAAACUGGGUGAUGCAGCAGGAUCAAAGCUGUCCAUCAGACAGCACCUCUCUGGUAACCAGUUCAAAGGCCCGCUGUAGCAUAUCAACCCUAGAGAGAGACGGAGAGAUAUCAGGAUCCACACUCACCUGAAACGCCACCUUCCCACCUGCACCUACACGAACCCGUCACGCCACCGUGCUCCCUCCUGCCGACAGCACCCGGCAUUCCUCCGACAAACGCUCUCUUGAGACUGGCUACAGAAUGGACCUGUUAGUCUCGUUGUUCACGUGGACAACGUUGCCUGUAUACGUUUUUGGAUCUCUGCGCUGACAUGUUGACAGCCGGCAGCUAGUGUCACCAAUCCGCCACUUUUCUGCAUCGGUUUGGAGGCUUUCUCUUUUCUCUCUGUAAACAAACACCCUGCUUUUGCUCCUUUAGAGCUUAGCUGAGCUGUAAUAAGCUAGGGAUGAGACGUGGUUUCGAGCACAGGUGAGGGGGGUGGGGGAGUAGAAGUUGGCAACAGUGAGGCGAUUAAUACUAGCUUCUAUAGAGAGAGACACCCCCAUCCCCUCCCAAGCUCCUGUCACAUGUAUGACCCCGCCUCCCCACUUCCUCCAGCGGUCAAUGAGUAUAACUAGCAUUAGCAUUCUAUAAUGUUAGCCAAGUGAAACCCACUGUGACCUAGCGCCUUUUUGCUCGUAAGACAAGUCUAUGGAUAAUAAAGUCUAGAGAUCACUGUUAACUCGUGUAUAUUAUGUAUAAAACCAUAGCAUUACUUCAUUGUUUCUGUUGAUUUGACUUUAUUUUGUAUUCUAGCGUGGCCAUGUGAUCAAGAAUUGAGUUUUAAAAAGCACACACAUACACACCUACAUACACACACACAGAACUCAAACAGGGUUUGUUUUUGGUAAUACACUAUUUUUUUUAUUAUUGUCAUUAUCAUUAUUAUUAUUCUUUUCCAGAUGAAUUGCUCUUACUCCUUCUCUCUGUAAUGUUUGUUCAAAUGUAUCCGGGCCAUUCUGAAUCUGCCGUCUCGCUCUGUUUAUUAAGGAACAGACAAAUUUUCUUACUUUUGUGAAACGAGCUAAAAAUUGUAUGCUGUGUGCAUGCUUGACAAUCAUUCUCUCAGGUUGGGAGGGCUACAGCUUUACCUUUGCCCAUCUGUGACUGUGCGCGCAUGUGUGUGAGUGUGUUUAAGAGUGUGAGUCUGUGUGGGAGGAGACUGAAUGGUUGGAGCUGUAGCGUCUGCCUGUGAAUCCUCUUUUUUUGGGCCAUUGAACCCUGGUUACAGCCCGAUUGAAGGCUGCUGAAGACAUUUUCUGAAUCCAUCCAAAAUAAAAUGUAACUGCUAUAACUAAAAUAUACUGAACCUCCCCGAUCAGUUUAAUCUGCUCUGAAACUUUUUUUUAUACAGCGGUUUGAAAAGUGCAUGUUUGUCACAGUUGCAGAUUUCAGAUCAUCAAACAAAUUUAAAUAUUAGAUAAAGAUAACACAAGUAAACACAAAAUGCAGUUUCUAAAUUAAGGUGUUUAUUAUUAAUGGGGAAAAAAUCCAAACCUGCAUGGCCCUGUGUGCAAAAAGUGAUAACUGGUAACCUAAUAACUGGUUGGGCCAGCAAAAACAGCAAUAAAGCAGCAACAACUGCAAUCAAGCAUUCACAAUAACUGGCAAUGAGUCUUUGACAGCGCUGUGGAGGAAUGUUGGCCCUCUCAUCUUUGCAGAAUUGUUGUAAUUCAGUCACAUUGGAGGGUUUUCGAGCAUGAGCCGCCUUUUUAGGGUCCUGCCACAGCAUCUCAAUCAGAUUCAGGUGAGGACUUUGAUUAGGCCUCUCCAAAGUGUUCAUUUUACUUUGCUUAAGCCAUUCAGAGGUGGUAUUGCUGGCGUGUUUUGGGUCACUGUCCUACUGCAGAACCCAAGUGCGCUUCAGCUUGAGGUCACAAACAGAUGGCCGGACAUCUGUAGGAUGUUUUGGUAGACGACAGAAUUCAUGGCUCCAUUUACAACAGCCAGUCUUCCUCCUGAGGCAGCUUAACAGCCCCAGCCCAUCACACUACCGCUGUGACCCUUUCCAGACUGAUAGCUGUCAGUGUCUUUGUUUCUCAGGUGUUUCUUCGAGUCGUAGCAUGAUGUGUUGCUUUUUGAGAUCUUUUAGCCUGCUCCACUUUGUCAGACAGGUUCUAUUUAAGUGAUUUCUCAAUUCAACAGGUCUGCCAAUAAUCAGGCCCGAGUGAGUUUAGUGAAACUGAAGUCAGCUUUUUUUUCUUUUUUUUUAAUGUGGUUAAUUACAGUUCAUUCCUGAUUUAACAACAGGGGCAAUUACUUUUUCACACAGGAACUGGUAGGUUUGGAUAGCUUUUCUCCCUUAAUCAGUGAAAUCACCAUUUAAAAACAGUGUUUUAUACUUACUCGGGCUGUUUUUGCCUAAUAUUAAAAUGUGUUUGAUGAUCCAAAACAUGUAAGUGUAACAAAUAUGCAAAACACUAGGAAAUCAGGAAGGGGGCAAAGACUUUUUCACACCACUGUAUCUCUGACGAUAAGGGUAGGGAAAGAAAAAAGUCACAUAGAUGGAUAUUAGACCGUUUCUCACAUCAUGGAUUCAGCAGGUGUGUUUAUGCAGUGCAUGUUUUAUUGAAGUUAUUUUUUCUUUCUUAGAAUAUGAUAUAAGUCUUCCCUUUGAUGUCUCCGUACCAUAAAACACUAACAUUUAAAACAAAAAAAUGUUUCUUGAUGUCAGAAUGAACAAAUACUGUUUGUCGGUGUAUUUAUUGCCAGGUGUAACAUAGUAAGAUAGAGAUGCGAGCGCAGUUGGUAACUGAACGGUCACGUUUUAAACUCAUCAGACGGAUUUCAUGUUGUUAAAGUUGUCUGAUGAGUUUGCCGAGUGACUCGACAGCUCAGGCUCUCCCAUCUCUAGUGUUAUUUGUUCCAAAUUAGAACAUUUCUGAGGCUACCCGUUUGUCCACCUUGGUACUCUCAAUUAAAGGGUUAAAAUAUAUAUAUAAUAAUAAUAUUAAUAAUCAAAGUCUGAUUUUUUUUUAAAGUGUCCUUUUUUCUAGGAACCGAUUUGAAGCCAUUAUACAAUUUUGAAUACUUUAUAUAUGGCAUAUGAUUUGAGACGUGCCACACUGUUUUCUUCAUUGUGUUUUAAUUUGGACCCAGCUGUAUAUUUGAAGAAAAAAAAAAAAAAGCAUCUGUAGUGGUUUUUUUCCUGCCUAUAUGCUAAAACCACAAUACAGAAACCUAGAAUCUACAGUGUAAAUGUCUAUUCCUGUAGUAACUAGCAUGACUGGAACCUCUUUUCGUGGUUUCACCGAUAAAGGUGAAUAUUUCGCUGGUGAGACCGAAAACAUGAAAUAGUCCACUUUUAGAAACAUUUGGAAGAAAAUAAACAAGUUGCUUAAUAAUGAUGUGAACGGCU